GGUUUGUUGUUCGAAACCGGCGAGCUUAUAUCAUUCAUUUUAUAACUUCCAUCGUGCCCGAACUCAAAGUGAAUAAUGGCUCCAAAGUUAUACAUGACGAUACUCAGUCCACCAGUAAGGGCAGUUUUGAUGUGUGCAAGGGCUAUAGAUUUAGAACUUGAGCCCGUAGAAGUGGAUUUGUUGAAGGGUGAUCAUCUUAAGCCAGAAUUUGUUAAGAUAAAUCCAUUGCACACGGUGCCAGUCCUGGACGACAAUGGCUUCAUUGUGCAAGACAGCCACGCCAUUAUGGGUUAUCUGAUAGGAAAAUAUGCCAAAGACAAAUCCCUAUAUCCUACAGAUGUGGAAAAACGUGCCGUUAUUGAUCAAAAACUUUACUUUGAUAGUGGAGUUUUAUUUGCCAGGCAUGUCCGUGUAGUGAUGCACGUUCUGGGCGGACAAAAGACAAUUCCAGAGGAAUACUCAUCUGCUGUCCAGGAGGCAUUUGGAUAUCUUGACACUUUCCUUAAAGACAGCAAGUACGUAGCAGGAGAAAGUUUAUCAAUCGCCGAUUUAAGUAUAAUUAACACGGUUUCAAAUGCUAGAGUGCUAGUGCCCUUGGAUGAAACAAAGUACCCUAACAUCGCCUCAUGGAGGAAAACUUUGGAAACCUUGCCUUACUAUGAAAUAAACACAGAGGGAAGUAAUCUGUUAAAAACUAUAGUUAAAAAUAUGUUAUCUACAUAAAUGUUUUGUCACAACAUACAUUCUGGAAAUUGAUGAAAUAAAAUAAUGUAAGAAAGAA